CACAGCACCACCGCUCGCUCCACACCCGCGAAAAUGGCUGCCGCGCCCAAAGACAGCUUCACCGACCUCGAGCGCCACCGCCUGCGCCUCGAAGACCAGAUCGCCAAACUGCGCAAGUCCCUGCAGCACUGGCAAACAUGGGACGUCGAGUACGAGGGCCUGAAGGAAGAGAUCGAGGGCUUCAAGGGCGAGCCCUCGACGCAGGACAUGAUGAAGAUUGGCCAGGAUUUUGGCGGCGACCUGGUCAACGACAAAGAGAUGCGCGAGCUGCUGGGCGUUGGCAAGGGUGUUGCGCGCGACGCCAAACAGGUCGUCCAUCUUAUUUCGCGCCGCCAGGACUACGUGCAGCAGAAUAUCCAGACGGUCCAGAAGCAGGUCGAUGCUGCCGAGGAUAAGCUCAACAAGGUCCUCAUCAUCGCCAGCCCGAACAUGAACGACGAGGAGGGGAAUCCGUUGACGGACAUUCGGGAAGAGCUGGAUGAGCAAGGCAACGUCAUAUCGAGCUCCGUCGCUACGCCCGGCCAGUCGGCGCCCAAGAUUGUCGAAGCACUGCGGAAAGCUGGUAUCACGGAUCUGAACGAGGAUGCGCCAGAGACCAGCAAGCCAGGCAAAGAGGAUACGGCUGCAGACAGCGAGGCUGAGGAAAAACCGGAAGCCUCUACCUCAGCGGCUGCGCCCAAGAAUGAGCCCGCAGCAUCGCCCGUCGAGGAGAAACCGCCCAAGAAGUCUGUCUCGUUCGCCGCCGACACCAAAGAGGACGCGCCUCCGCCGAAGCAGACGUCAAAGAACCCCGCCGCGGCGCUCGGAAACUUCACCAAAGGCAGGCGCGUCAUAGAGGUGGACGAAGACGACAACGAGAUCGGCAGCACGCCCAUCAUCCCCGACGACGAGUCGCCCGAAGACGCCGCCAUGCGCCGCGAGAUGCUCCAGUACGGGAUGAACGAGGUAGGAGCCGUGGUGGCCGAGCUAGAUCUGUACGAAGGCAACAGCGACGACGAGCCAUACUACGACGAGGACGAGGAGGCGUCGGACAUUGAAGAGAUUGACGAGGAGGAUGAAUGGGGCAGGAGCACACGCCCCGUCAUCACGGAAGCGUACCGGCAGGAAAUGCUCGAGCUGGAGCGCAGGCUGAAUGCGCGCAUGAUGGAGAAUGUCGGCCCAGCACCAGCAGAGCGGGAAAUUGUCCCCGAAGACGCAGACCUCAACAACAUGCUGCAGCAAGCCCAGGGCGCGCACCGCCUCGUCGUCCGCUCCGACACGUCGAUACCCGAGGAAUCUGCCGCGCAGCCUACAGCAGCAGCAACAUCAGCAACAACAACAGAACCAGCAAAGGCAGACGCCUCAACCGCAAAGAAGGGCGUCCGCUUCGCCGCCGACCUCGACAUCUCCCCCGCCCCGCAGCCGGAAACCUACACGAACGGCUCUCCCUCCACCACCACCACAACCGACACCACGCCCACCGCCCCCACCGCGCCCACAAUCGCCGACGCCAUCGUCGAGCGGCACAGCGCGCCCUCCUCCGCCCCCAGCGCACCAGCACCCACCCCCAACCCGAAGAAGCUCUCGCGCUUCAAAGCCGCGCGCGCCGCCGCCGCAGCCGAAACAACCGAAACAAGCACACCCUCCCCCCCACCCAACCGCACCCUCGCGCCCAGCAUCGUCGAGCGCUCGGCCCCGACUUCUGCCUCUCAGGCACCAGAGCCAGAAGACACAGACCCAGCGCUGCUGGCGCGCGAACUCGCGACUGAGUACCAUCGCGCGCGCAACCGGCUGAUUCAGAAACAGGGGGGUUUCGUGGAGGAGGAAGUGGGGGAGGAGCCGUUGAUGGAGGAGAGGGAGGAUGGGAGGGUGAGGAAGGUUAGUCGGUUCAGGGCGGCGAGGUUGAGGGGGGAGGGGGUGUGAGGGGCUACUGCUUAGCUAUCUAGCCGCACAUGGAAAGCCAGGCAACGGCAUCUUACCAAUAUCAAUACCAAUACCAGUACCUCCAUGUCCCU